UUGUGAAAAAUGUAUAAAUCAAUCAUUUCAAUACGAUAAUUGAUUCAAAUUUUUAUGGAAAUGGUGAUAAGUCUUUACAAACAACAAUGAUGAUGAUCAACAAAUGAGCUUCAAAAUCCAAAAAAAUGUUGGAAUAUACAAACGAUAUUACCGGUGGUCUUACAACCCAACAAGCUGUUUAUAAAUUGUAUAAAGAUGUUAAAGAAUUUCUCGAUGAUCUUGAGCCGCAUCUACAUAAUGUUCAAUCAUGGAAAUAUAUUCUUCGUCAAGCAUAUUCAAUCAAAAGUAAACAUUCAACAUUUCGAUGGACAUCAAUCAUUUUUCUUGUUGUAUCAAUCAUAACCUAUUUGAUUGCAUUUAAAUUUGGCCAUUUUACCUCAUCAAUACCAUUGGCUAUUGAAAAUGUCAUUCUUGUAUUAGUAUUGAUAUUGAAUGUUGGAAUCAUUUAUUGGAGUUCAAAAUCUCGUCAUACAGAGCUUUAUGAUAAAGCUGUGAAAUUAGCUGAAAAGAUUGGUGAAUGUGCCAAUAAUGAACAAUUAAUGAAUCAAUGGUCGACACACAUUUUCUAUGCAAAUCUAACGACACCGGCGUCACCUUGUAUUACGCUACAGCGUACAUAUCGUGAUGAUAAAUUAGUCAAUCUGCCUGUAUCGCUUUUGGUUAAAGGCGAUGUAAUCUAUUUAGAACCUGGACAUAAAGCACCAGCCAAUUGUCGACGUAUCGAUAAAGUGAUUAAACGUGGUAAAAAACUAAACGAUUAUCAUAUUGAUGAUGAUGGUGAAAAUGGUCAAUUUCCACAUGUGACUUUAGAUCAUGCUUAUACCUAUGUAUUUCUUGAUGAUGAAAUGGGUAAAGAUGCCACGCUUCAUCGUGAUGAAAUAUUUGCACCAAAAGUUGAUAAUGAACCAGAAACAUUUACUGUGCCAAGAUUUCGUAAAUCAUUACAACCGAGUAAGUUUUUGCUCAUCGAAACACCAUAUGUUACGGAUUUAAAAACUUCAUUAUCAACACAAUCACAACAUGAACGUAAACCAACUGCAUUUGAGAAAGAAUUACGUUUAAUUUUUGUACGUUAUUUGGAACAUAUGUUGGUACCGAUAAUAUUCAUUAUCGUUCUUGGUUUCAGUAUUGUUCAUUAUUGUUAUGUUGAAUUUACUGGAAGUCAUUUCGAUACAACAGCAGCUACAAUAGCUUUGAUAUUGUUACGGCCGAUAAUGGCCAUACUACCAUUAUUACCAUUAGCAUUACCUUCAUUAUGGCUAAUGUUGAAUGUAUAUGGUCUAAUUAAAUUGGAAAUAAUUUAUAAAUAUUUCCAUAUGAAUGAAGAUAAACUUUUAAAAGCUGGAAAAUCAUUAGAAUCAUUUAGUGAUUGUGAUUCAAAUACAUAUAUUCAUUUGACUGAAAAUCCUUUAUAUCAAAAUACCUCCGCUUUACGUCGUGAACAUCUUCUUGAAGAAAUUGAUCCAGAUCAAAUGCAAACGAUACCGACGGAAAAUUUAAUGAUACAAAAAAUUUUGAAGAAAAUUCUACUUUUUUUCUGUGAUGAAAAUGGAAAUCUAUGGAGAACGACCAAUCUAUUACACGUAUUAGGAAGUAUAACAGCAUUAUGUUGUGUGGAUAAAAAAGGCAUUCUUUCUUGGCCAAAUCCAAUUGCUGACAAAGUAUUUUUCUUAUCGUCGGCUCAAAAUCGAAAGAAAAGUUCCAAUGAAGGUGAAAAUUUCAAUGAUGAUAUUGACAAAGAAUUUAACGAUUUUUCUUCAUCUACACAUCAUCAUCAUCAUCAUCAUCCGCCACAUAAUCAAGGUGGCAAACGACAAUCAGUGCUAUCGAAUGUUUCUCGUGCUGAAUGUGUUCAAUUGGAUAUAACACUUGAUCGUCGUAAUCCAUAUGGUCUACAAUUUGAUGACAUUUAUUGGAAUCGUUAUCUUUCAAAUCUAAAACCACUGGGUUUAGCAAUUUUGUUGAAUACUUGUAAUCCUGCAACACAAGAAGAAUUUGUUCAUUUUAGUGAUCAUAUUGCGUGUGAAUCUCUUACCAAUGAAGUGGCUGUUCCUGUUGUCAGCAAACGAUGUCUCUGUGAAUUAGCUAGGCAGAUUGGAUUCACUGAAAAUGCAAUCAAAGAUUAUCGAUACUGUUAUCAGGUUGGCGUUUUUCGUCAUAUCCGCCCUGAAGUGAUCAAGAAGGGAAAGUUGGCAAAAUCAUUAAAUUUUUCUCGAUUACGAAUGCCAUUUCCCAAUAUGACCUGUGCGGUUAUUUGUGAUUCAUUCUCCAAUACGUGUCAGCUACUUUCACAGGGUACCGGUGAUUUAAUUCUAGAUUCUUGUGCCGAAUAUUGGAAUGGUCAAGGCUUAGUUUUGCUCACCGAUUAUGAGAGGAAAAAAAUUCUCGAUUUUUACCAAAGAUCUUCGCUCACAUCAUAUUGUUGUUCAUUUUCAUACAUUCCUGUGAUCAAUGAAAGUGGAACGACAGCUAAUAAUUCGGAAAUAUCACAUUUUUAUAAAAAUCAUUAUAUUGAACUGCCACCGGAUAGUAGUCAUUUGUUUCCAUCACAACGAAGUCUUGAUUCACAUUUUCGUGCGCUUGGAAUCGAAUCACAUUAUUCUUUUUCAAAUACUAGUCAUCAUAAUUUCGAUUCAUGCAAUGAAUCACUCAAUAAUUCCAUGUAUUUGAAUUUGGAUUCCAAAUUAAUUGGACAUCAUCUUAGUACCGAUUCAAUUUCUAAACAUGGAAUCUAUUCAACACCUGGUAAUCAUAAUAAUAAUACAAAUAACAAUAAUUCACCUUUCAAUCAAUAUAAAAAAGGAUCAACAGAAGAUUUGGAAAAACCAAUUGUCAAUAAUAAUAAUAAUAAUGAUGAUGGUGAUAAUAAUCAUACGACAAUAAAUGAAUCAUUGAAUCGAUCAUCAUUGAAAACUAAACCAAUUGUUCAAGAAACUCAAUCACAAAAAUUGGAUCAAACAAUGAAAAAAGUAAUUAAUGAAGUAUUUAUCGGUAUGGCUACAUUACAAUAUCAAGCAUGCUCGGAUUUUGUUCGGCUGGUUGAACUAUUAGAUACAGCUUGUAUUAGAUUUGUUCAUUUUUCCAAAGAAAAUGAACUAAGAAGUCGGGUAUUUUCUGAAAAAAUGGGGCUUGAAUCAGGUUGGAAUUGCCAUAUUUCCCUAUUAAAUGAUUCAUUGGGGCAUAGUAAUAUCAUCAAUAAUGAUAAUGACUCAAGUGCCGAAAAUGGUGAGCAUAAAAAAUCCAAGCAUAACUAUUCUGAUAAUUCGGUUCACCUGAAACAUAAAGUUAAUCAUCGAAUGUCAAUAACAAGUAUCAAUUCAUCUGAUUGUUCCGAACAACCAUCAAGUAGUGAUUCGGAAGAAGCACCAAUUAGUCAUGAGUUACAUAGAUCGCGACGUAAACAUAAUUCUGUUUGUUCAGAUCGUUCGGGCAGUAUUCAUAAUCGUCAUAGUUUUGCUCGGGCAAAAGAAUUUCGAAGUUCAAGCAAAGCUUCUGGUAGUGUUUCAAAUACACAUCGUCAACUUUCACCAUCGCCAAGUCGUAAUACAACAACCAGUACAAUGACCGAACAUGAAGCGCCCAUAACAUUCGAUAUGUCUAAUCGUGCAAAAUUGCCCAAAGGUAUUGAUAAUAUUAGGCCACAUCUGGAAAAUGUGGACAAUGUGCCCUUAUUAGUAUCAUUGUUUACUGAUUGUACACCUGAAGCAACCAAAGAAAUGGUAAAAAUCAUGCAAGAAUAUGAUGAAGUUGUCUGCGUAAUCGGAAGCAUGGCUAAUGAAUCGAAUAUGCCGAUUUUUAUGCAAGCCGAUGCAAGCAUCGGUAUCGAUCCUAUGUAUCCACAUGUUUGUAAAACUGAACCCGUUCGACCUGUUGAUCGAAUCCCUGUACCGAAUGAAUUUCAAGAUAUUUAUACGCCAGCACAAUUGGCCAAUGAAUUGGUAGCACUGCCAUGUUCCAUGACUAUGGAAAGACACAAUGCAAUCAUUUUCUAUUAUCUAAUAUUGAUUGCCCGUGAUUAUAUGAUGCGAAUGCGAAAUGUAUUUCAAUUUUUUCUCAGCUCUUGUCUAAGUAUUUCGCUAGCUCAAUUGAUCACUUCAUUAUUGUUCCUGCCACCGCUUAUUUCACCUGGUAUCGUUCUAUGGCUUUCAAUGAUUGUCAUACCAUUCUUGAGUGUUUCACUUAUGGGCAUUAAACCGGAUCCAACAGUGAUGACUGUAGCUACUGGAAAAAAAUUACAUCUCAACAAAGAAUCCAUUGUAUAUUUUUUCCUUUGUUACAUAAUCAAAUUUACACCUUCAGUAGUGAUUUGUGUGAUUAUGUUUGCCAUUAUAAUCGGUACAUCAUGUGAACAAACCAAAGUUGGUCGAUCUACAUUAGGUCCAUGUUGGAUGUUUAGCGAUGUCAAGGCUGAUGGUGAUAUUAAAACCGAUUUAAUAUGGUCAUCUCAUCUGUUAAUCGGGCAGACUAUUGCAUCGUUAUUUUUGGUCCUAUAUCUGGUGAUUAUAUCGAUUGGUUUCGUACAUCGCAAUCAUCUUUUAUGGCAACGAUAUCCAUUCGUUAAUUAUUGUUGGUUAGGAACAUCGGUCGUAUUGAUCUUCUGUCAUCUAAUCGUUUGUCUGAUUGAAAUCUAUAUUUAUGUGCCUGAAGUCGAGAUAACCGAACAUUUUAUCGAAAUUAUUCCGUUUUACAUUUGGAUUAUUGGAUUUUUGUGGCCAAUUCUAUUGAUGACAAUCAAUGUUUUUGCUAAAAGAAGAGAGAUAAAAAUCAGCACUCGACAACAACGUAGAGCUCGUUUGGAUUUUGGCACCAAACUUGGCAUGAAUUCGCCAUUCUAAUCAGUCAAUCAAUCGCUGUAUUGUAAUUUUUUUGUUUGUAUUCGAAUGAAUUCAAUUUUCAAUCAAGAUCUUUUUCUUGUCCUGUUUUUACCCAAUGUUAAUUUUGUCCAAACACAUCAUCAAUUACAUAUAUUCAACAUCAAAAUUGUUUGAUUGAAUUUUAAUGAUGUAUAAAUGGAAAAUAUG